AUGUUAGAAAUGAAACAAGUUGAUAAAAUAGAAAAUAUUGACGAUGGGAUUGAAAGAACAUUAACCUCAACCGUUGUUGAUAAUCAGUUCAGAGCAGAAGCAAGAACAAAUAUUGCAGUCAAA